CGGUUUUGUCAGAAGGUUCUGUGGUCAGAAGUUUGGUUAUAUUUACUUUUUUGGCACGCUCUAUGCUCUAUUAUUUUGAAGAAAAUAUUCAAAAUAUGCAAUAGCAGAUUUAUGCAUUUACUUAAUCUUGAAAAAUACCUUGAAUUGAGUUAUGAAUAUAAGCAGAAUUGUUAAUAUUAGUUUAAGAUCGGCAUUGGCAACAAAUGUAAGACGGAAUGGAUUGAAAUCAUCUUGCAAUCUAAAACUAUUAAGUUUUGCUCAAAAUUGGAAUGUAAACAGCAAUCAAAUAAGCUUUGUAUCAACGUAUGAAGUAAAAAAUGUUCAAAAAGAAGAAAGUGUUGUGAAGAAAAUAUUGAAGAAGAUUCCAUUUUUAAACGUAGAUCAAAUGAAAAUAAAAGCAAGGGGCUAUAUGCUAUAUGAAGAAAUUGCAGACAAAAUUGAUUACUUUGAAUUCUUCAAUGAAUUUAAUUUGCCAGAUACUUUCUUCUCUUGGUUCACAGUAACUGAAUUACAUAUUUGGAUGUUGUCUCUAAGGGCUGUUGCUGAAGGAGAUGAUGGAAGAAUUCUUAGAAAUGCCAUUAUAGAGGCUUUGUGGACUGAUGUUGCUCAGAGGAUCAAAAAAUUAGGGGCUGGUUCACCAUCCCGUUUAAGAGAACACGUGGUAGAAUUGUCUGAACAGAUGCAAGCAGCUUUUAUUGCAUAUGAUGAAGGUAUUCAGUCUGAUGAUAUUGUUUUAGCAGGAGCCAUAUGGAGGAGAUUUUACAAAAUGGAGCAUGUAGAUCCCCAUAAUUUAGAUAAAUUAGUGAAAUACAUUAGGAAGCAGGUUACCAUUUUGGAUACAUUGCCAACAAAUGACUUAUUUACUGAAAGUCCUAUAAAAUGGGAAUCGUUUAAAAGUAG